GAGAACUAUGACCGCGUCUUCGAGGCUGUUCCAGAUUCGUGGUUUACAGACGAUACCAAAACAUUUUGCUAUUGGCCUCCUAAAACAACAUCUAAAAGUCUGAUGAUAUCUGCAGUAAAUUGUGCACGACCGGAUGAUGACUGGAAUAUUUACGAGUGCAAAGUUGUAAGUGGGGGGCACGCGAGUUAUGCAUCCGCAUACAAUACAAGGUCGUCCGAGACAAGUGUUCACAGAAAUAUAAUACAAGCAGUGCAGAAGAUCGAAUUAAAGCUGAUGGUUAUCGUCGUAAACAUCCUGUGUUGGCGUUGCAAGGCAAUAAAAGCUUCGAAAAUCUUUUUACUAAAUCAGCUGCGAAAGAUAAUGCAGGGGAUAAAAAUAUCAGCGAGUCGAACAGUACUCGAUCUGAGCUAACGAAUGCUUCUGAUAUUAAUGACCUUCAUGAAGAUGAUGAAGACGGAGGAGCGGCUCAUAGUUUGUCAACAGUCAGAGAAAAAAGUUCAUCGAAACAGUCGAAACAACAGAAACUGCCUACUAAAUCAAAGGGUCGAACUGAUACAAAAACUUCAGUCGAAAAAGUGGUCGGCAAUUCUGGCUCUACUGACCAUUCGGAAUCCAGCACAUCAAAUUCGCAGAGUCGCAGCUUGCAGGGCUCUAAAGUUGCUUGUUCGCGGAAUAAAACCCCCGAGAGUUCUAUUUCACGAUCUGGGAGUUCUCUAUCACGAUCUGGGAGUUCUCUAUCACGAUCUGGGAGUUCUCUAUCACGAUCUGGGAGUUUUCGAUCACGAUCAGGGGGUUCUCAAUCGCGUUCUGUGCGACCUCGAUCGCGUUCUGUGGCAUCUCGAUCACGUUCUGGGGUAUCUCGAUCGCGUUCUAGGGAAUCUCGAUCGCGUUCUGGGGGAGCUCGAUCGCGUUCUGGGAGUUCUCGAUCACGUUCUGAGAGCUUUCGAUCGCGUUCUGGGAGUUCCCGAUCACGUUCUGAGAAUUACCGAUCGUGUUCACAGAGUGCUCGAUCACGACAAACCAAUUUACGAGAGAAUUCCAAGAAACAAUUGGGAGCUGAAAGUCUGAACUUAAAUGUACAAUCGAUCAACUGACAACAUCAGUGGUGCCCGAAGAUGGACGUUCAAAUUCAAGAAAGCAUACAAAAUACUCGUCACCCCGCUCCCGAUCAAGUUCUUCACUGGAAAUUAUCGAACACUCAAACCAACCAUCUUCAGCGAGCCGAUGCCAGUUACGUGAAAAUCAGCCGCAAUCAAGCAAUAUUGCGUCAAGAUCUGACAACUCAAGCCCCAGAGUGGAUCGGCUGAUGAAGCUUCUAGAAAAGUGCGAGCAACGUCAGAACGAAAAUGAACGACGAUUGAUAAGAAUGGAAGUCACACUCAACAAAACCUUUAUAAUGAUCUGGUCAACGCAAAAAAUUAUAAUGUGCAAAAGGAUGGUUCUUCGAAUAACGAGUUGAUUGACAUGGAAAGUGAAGAUGAAAUGGACGAGUUGGACGCAUUUAGGAAAGACCUGAAAAAUCGACGUUA